AAAGGAAAGUGGUGGAUUUGAGGAACCCUUUGAUUAAUGUGCGCAAGCUGUGGGCAGCUGAUGAUCGUAGGAAUGCAAAUGAAUUUGCUUAAAGCAUGUAGGCAACAUCUUCUCCGUUUGGAGAUGGGAAUCAGAGAGGCUCAUGCUUUGCUGAUGCUCUUGAGGCACGCCUGCAGGUACUUAGCCAGAUUUACAAAGCUUUACUUAGCAAGAAAACAAAUCGACUGCUGAUUCGGAAAGUUUACCAUUUCUUAUUAAUUUUUUUCUUGCUGCAGCCCUUUCAGAAAAGCUCUCUAAUUUGUCUUAACACGAGAAAUCUAUCAGCAAAUUCAAUGAGGCUCCAUAUCAUAGAUUUCGGUAUCCUGAUGGUUCCAAUGGCCGACUCUAUUUUCGAGCCGGCUUCAUGGAGAUCUGGUGGACCACCCAAUGUCGGAACUGGAAUAGAUUUUCCCCAACCUGGUUUUCGCCAAGCAGAGAGAGUUGAAAGAAAAAACAGGGCGUCGCUGGCAACUUAUGCUAAGAAGGUUAACUGCCGUGAGUACUAAUGCAUAGCAAAAAAAAUGGGAAACCAUAAACUUGAGGAUCUCAAGUUGACAGAAGAAGAAGUCAUCAUUGUUACCUGUUUUUAUCGGGCUAGGACCUUACUGGAUGAAACAGUGUGGUACACAGUUCCCAAAAUAUUGAUUCUUGGUUUAGUAAAGAAGAUUAAUCCUGAUAUUUUCAUUUCACGAAUUACAAAUGCUUACAAUGCUCCAUCUUUGUUAACAAGGUCGCAGAAAGCUCAUAUUUCAAUCUCUUCAAUGUUUAUAUGCUUCGACACUACUUGUGCCCCUGAGGAUAAGCAGAGGAUGUGAUGAGAAAGAAAGUCUUGGCAGAGCAUUAAAUGUGUCGCUUGUGAAAGUUGGAGAGGUGGAGUGAGGCCGGAACAUACAAACAAUGGCAGGCUCGUCCUGAAUGCUUGGUUUGUGCAGUUGUCUUUUGAAAAAGAGAUUGUCAAGCAAGCAACUGAUAAAGCUGAGGAAGCUUUUACCACAAAGAUUCCUAAUUAUGAGGAUGGCCAGGUGGCUGCUGUAGGAUGGAAGGUCGGAUUCUUAAUAGCCUCCUCUGUCUGA